AUGAAUCUUCCUGGAAAUGCUGGAGAAUCGUCUUGUAAACGACAAGAAAAUGGCGACGCCAUAGAACCAGAUCGCCCACUAAAGAAAGCACGCUUUGCUUGGGAAGUAAAGGGGAAGUAUCAUUUAAGAAAUGAAACAUCUGAUAUAAAACCUACGAUAUCAGUCGAAUCAGAGAGAGCCGGUUCAUCUUCUGAACAUUGUGAAUCUAAAUUAGUUGGUAAUACUGAACAAAACCUUGAAAUAUUAGGUGACUAUUUAUUAAAACAGGAUUUCAACACGUUAGAUUCGAUUACUGAUUCGAAUCCGUCUUUAUUGCCUAGUUCAAGUAUAUCAACGGAAAAAUUAUCUUAUCCUCGAUAUAUCAGUUCAUUUGAGAAUAAUAGAGCUGUUAGUGAAAGCAGCAGCAGUAAUGAUGAAAGAGCACCAAUCCCAAAAUCUAUGGUGUACUCUAAUAAAGAUGCAGAGGACCAGUGUAUUGCCCGAUGGCAAGCAAGACAGAUGGCAAAAUGUUUUGUGGACAAUACCAUAAAUAGAGUGUUAGAUAACUGGAUGAUAGGAUAUGAUCCACUUCCAACAGAUAUGGACAAUAAUGGAGUACUUGCGUUAGAUGCAGCUGAAUUUAUCAAUAAUCUUCCAGGUGAUAAUAGUAUUGAAAAUGAAGCCAUUCUUAUGGCUAUAUCUGCCCAUGGCCUACAAAAUAAUUCCAGCUCUAGUAGCAAUUCAAAUGAGCAUUCACAAAAUUCCAAUCCAGAUUUGUUUCUUUCACCACCUAGCAGCCCUUUACCAUCAGAAGACGAACUCAGUUCAGAAAACAAACUAACGGACAAUGAUAAUCAAUUGGAAGAAAGUUCUAGGAAUACAUCAGACAUGUCUUGGACUUUCACUAAUGAUGUUAAACAAAAUAAUAACUUACCAUUGAGUUUUUAUCCAGAAAGUUCAAGUUCAUCAUACCAAUAUUUAAGUGAAUCUGACAAUUUAAAUAGUAGUAAUAUAGAAUAUGAUGGAGACGAAAAUAUGAGUUCAAAUGAAGAUAUAGUCAGUAAUCAUUAUGAUAUUCUUGAUGCUGCUGUAUCAUUUGCUAUACAAUACAAGGGUUUAACAUCUUAUGGGACAGAUUAUGGC